GUAUGCAUAUCUAUCCAAACUUGGAUUAUAAUCCAAGAAAAUCAUAUAGGGGCUUGCAACUACCUUUAUAAUGCACAUUGCAGCAACGGAGAUAGUAACUGACGUGACGAAUAUGCACUGCUUAAUACGCUCAAUUGAAGCAAUUAUUUGAUAGUCUAUUCAAAAUGGGCACAACAAAAGACGUUUUGUUAUCUUCGCUUAACUAUUUUUAACCAGAGUCCAAUUUAUUUCAGUCAUAAAAAUACCUUUGGCAGUAAUUCAAACUCGAGUUCCGUUACGUGACGUUAGCUUGGCGUAACGUUAGUCCUACAAAAUAAAUAGUUUUCGAUAAAUAAUCGAAUGUUAACAGAAUGUUAAUUUUUAACGCAAGACAACAUGGUGUUAUGUGCGGGUGUGCGGAAAUAUUAACCAAUUGUUCGCAAAAACAUUGAAUGUUUUCGUUGGAUAGUGACUGAAACCGCACCGCCACCCGCGAUUCCCGGAAUGUCCCAAGGAGGAGCGUUAAUUAAAAUGAAAUUGCUGACAAAUUCCCGGCUGUUGCGGCCUCUACUGCUGCUGCGCCGCCAAAGGUCGCAUGACGCAAAGGCGGCGCAGGCACCAAAACCACGACCGGUUCCAACCAGUGCCCAACUGGACGAGCUGGAGCGGAAUGUGAUUGCGCGCCAUCACAGGAACAACCUGCCGCUUAUUCGUUCCCUUAUCCAGGGGGUGAAGGCUGGAGAUCAGGACCAAUUAAGACAACUGCAGGUGGAACUGGAGCAACUGCCCAAUGCCACGCAUCCACGACUUCAAGACUACGGUGAACAGCCGCGGGAAUUGGCGCAGUAUGUACACCGGCAACUGCCACCACAGUCCAGCCUCAAGGAGUUCUCGGAACUCGCCCGUGCCCUCAAUCUCUACCGCAUGGAUCACCUGGGCAACUAUACGGGCCACAAGAGCUACUAUCUGACCGGGCAGCUGGCCACCUUGGAGCAGGCCAUCAUACAGUAUGCACUUCAAGCGGUCACUGGACAGGGCUUCAAGCUGAUAUCCGUGCCGGACAUUCUGCCCAGGGAGGUGAUCGAGUCCUGUGGAAUGCGCACCGAUGGGGAGCGCACUCAAGUCUACAAACUGGAUAACGGAGAGUGCCUGUCGGGCACCUCGGAAAUGGCCCUGGCCGGAUUCUUCGCCAAUAAGGUACUGCAAGAGGAGCAGCUGCCACUUAAGGUGACCGCCGUUAGUCGCUGCUAUCGGGCCGAAACCUCGGGCUUGCAGGAGGAGAAGGGCAUCUACCGGGUGCACCAGUUCACCAAAGUGGAGAUGUUUGCCAUCUGCACGGAGGAACAGUCCGAGGCCGAGCUGGAGGAGUUCAAGAACAUUGAGGUAGAUCUCUUUCGGCGGCUGGGCCUCAACUUUCGGCUGCUGGACAUGCCGCCAUGUGAGCUAGGCGCUCCGGCGUACCAAAAGUACGACAUAGAGGCAUGGAUGCCAGGCCGCCAGAUGUGGGGUGAGAUCUCCAGCUGCAGCAACUGCACGGACUACCAGGCCAGGCGACUGGGCAUCAAAUACCGCCGCUCCAGCGAUGGCCAGAUUCUGCAUGCCCACACCAUCAAUGGAACGGCGACGGCCAUUCCCCGUCUGCUGAUUGCCCUGCUGGAAUCUUAUCAGCGGGGAGAUGCCAUCGAGAUACCCGACGUGCUGAGACCCUUCAUGGACGGCCAGGAGCUGAUCACGCGGAACAAACGGAUACCCGAGACGAAGCUGGUUAAGUUCAUCAAGGUUUAGCCUAAUCACAUUCUGUACCUUUGACUGUUAUCAUUAAAGCGCUGGAGUUAUCAACGAAAGCAGGCGAAUCUUUUGCAGUACUACGCUUCGCUGAUAUCUGGCAGAUCAGGGGAUAACACA